AUGUCAAACGUUGAGGAUGUCGGGCCUCGCAGCAGCAGCAACAGUGGCAGCAGCGACGGCGGCAGGAACGGCAGCGGCGGCCGUCGCUCGCGUGGGACGGGCACAAUAUCUAUCUACACGCGUAUUCUCCUCGUGCGUAUAUGUGUUAUUUACGUACAACGUGUAUACAGGGUGUUCCUCGAAUCGGUCGCCACGGCCUUUCGAGAGAUCGAUUCGAGAAACACCCUGUAUACGUGCAUUUGCGAAUGUAUGGAUAUAUGCGAAGACGUGUUGGUGGACAUGGGUGUACCUGGCGGGAGAAGGUGCCCCGCGCAGCCUCGCGGAUCCGCCCGUGCAUUGGCGGCGUUCUUCUUCUUCUUCGCCGUACGUCGUCGCCAUCGCAUCGCCGCAAAAGUUCCGCGCGGCGCGGUGGUACGAAAAAUGGAUAUAAGUUGUUUAGAUAAGGAGGUAUGCCCAUUGUUCGCCGAAAAUUAUCUCUUUGGAAAAUCUAGGGGACAUCAGACAUUAGAGACACUGCAACAGUUGAUAGCUGGUCUGACUUCUAUUCUCGAACUCUCCUCCUCGUUGAGUUACUCCCGUAAAUACUAA